CGGGGACAGGGUGGCACGACUUGGGGCACCUUUCUCCCAUCAAGAUCUUGUGAGCUCUGUGCUGGACUGCCAAGUACCUUGUUGUACCGCCCCAGAAAGCGUUGACGCCCUAGGCGGCUGCCUAUAUCGCCUAUGCCAGAAACCGCCACUGGUUCUGAUACCACGUGUCCCUCCCUCUGACAGAUAGACAGAAAGAGUCUCAACAGGCAUAUGUUGAUCUACCGUAGAUGAGGUAUUUGGGUUAUCAUUUGCUAACUGAACCGGCUCGGCUCGGCUGGCUCUACAGGUUUUGUAGAGACUCAAUGCAACUGGACGGCGGCGACCUGCAGCGUUAAAGCUCUCAUUAAUCUACCGACUUGACAGCCUGUCCAGCCAGGCUCAAAGUGUUAACUGUGCGACAAGUUGGGAACUCUGGGGAGUUUUAGGUUUGUCUCCCCAUGACAACGUGUCACCAUGGUGACUGCCGCUCCAACAGUGAUGCUGAGUGGCGCUCCUCUGAUGAUGAGAGGAAUAUGGAGGAUGUGGAGCACACUGAGCUUGGGCUGCUGCUGAAGUCUUCUGAAAAUUCAGAGGAAUCAAGAGGUGUGUCAGCGUUUCCUGAUGAGGAUGAAAAUGAAGAUGAGAAUGAAGAGGAUGGUUUGCAGGUGGUCACACUGCCCAUGCAGGCACAUCAUGCCAUGGAGAAGAUGGAGGAGUUUGUACACAAGGUAUGGGAAGGACGUUGGCGAGUUAUCUCGCACCAUCUCCUCCCCGAUUGGCUAAAGGAUAAUGAUUACCUGCUGCAUGGACACCGCCCACCCAUGCCGUCCUUCCGUGCCUGUUUUAAAAGCAUCUUCAGGAUUCAUACAGAGACUGGAAACAUCUGGACACACCUUCUGGGCCUCAUUCUGUUCCUGUGUUUGGGCACACUGACGAUGCUGCGUCCGAACGUGUCGUUCAUGGCUCCCGUGCAGGAGAAGGUGGUGUUUGGGAUGUUCUUUCUGGGUGCAGUCCUCUGUUUGUGUUUUUCAUGGCUUUUUCACACCGUCUACUGUCACUCUGAAAAAGUCUCCAGAACUUUCUCGAAGUUGGAUUACUCUGGGAUUGCGUUGUUGAUCAUGGGCUCAUUUGUUCCAUGGCUGUACUACUCAUUCUACUGCUCUCCUCAGCCACGGCUCAUCUAUCUCUCGGUUGUGUGUGUGCUGGGUGUUGCUGCUCUCAUUGUGGCUCAGUGGGACCGCUUUGCCACUCCUCGCCACCGGUGCACACGUGCAGGUGUAUUCCUGGGUCUCGGGCUGAGUGGACUCAUUCCUACAAUGCACUUUACCAUCACAGAGGGUUUUGUGAAGGCGACAACAGUCGGUCAGAUGGGCUGGUUCUAUCUGAUGGGAGCCAUGUAUGUCAGUGGAGCAGCACUUUAUGCAGCACGGAUACCAGAACGCUAUUUCCCUGGACAAUGUGACAUCUGGUUCCAGUCUCAUCAGAUAUUCCAUGUGUUGGUUGUGGGUGCUGCAUUUGUCCAUUUUUAUGGAAUAUCUAACUUGCAGGAGUUCCGUUAUAGCCUGGAAGGAGGCUGCACAGAUGACUCUCUGUUAUAAAAAAUAAAUCUACACCAUUUACCACAAAUCACUUGAACUGUGGCCAUAGCCUGCUCACUUCACAAUGAAACUGAAGCCAAUACAAUACUUAUUUAAAGAUUUUAGUAACUUUAAAGGAUUUUAACGCAUAGGAAGAAAAAUAAAGAACUAGGUGCGCUUCAAUGGUGUAAAAAAAAAAAUGUAAAUAAGCUUCCAGUAGUCCUUAAACAUCUUAAAAUGUCUUAAUUGGUAUAAAAAGUCUUAAUUAGCAUUGAUUAAUAAAUUAUUAAAUUUAAAUGGUUAAAUAAAUAUAGUCUGCGUGCUUCAAAGUGAAGACGCGUGACUGUUGCACUUUCUCCAAGCACGCGAGGGGCUCUCCAGCGACGAUCUACUGUUGAUGAAUUACUGCUCAUAUUUAUUAUAUGGCAAUGUUUACUUUAUAGUGUUUAUAUUGUAAUACGUUGUAUAUGAUUGUAAGUGUGCAUAUCUUGUUCCUUUAUCUGUUUUUGUGGGCAGCUGGCAGCACGGACAUUUAAAAAUAAGAUUCUGUUUAUAGUUAGAAGUCCUGCAUUAUAUUUUGGUUGUACAAUAAACUGCAUUUGGGAUUUCAUUCAA